AUGAUUGUGGGACUACCAACGUCUGAAGGAUUUGACGCAAUAUUCACAGUCAUUGACAGAUUCUCUAAAAUGGUUCAUUUUAUUCCUACCCAUUCCACAGCAUCUGCUAUUGAUAUAGCCAACCUCUUUAUGUUGUACAUAUGGAAAUUGCAUGGACUACCCAGGAGUACAGUAUCCCAUAGGGGCCCCAACUUCAACGCCAAGUUUAUCAGACACUUGUAUAAAAGAUUGGAUAUCAAACCUACUUUUUCCACAGCUUACCAUCCCCAAACUGAUGGUCAAACGGAGCGGAUCCAACGGGAAGUUGAAGUUUUUAUUCGCAUGUUUGGAAAUCAUCGCCAAUCCAAUUGGGUCUCACUAUUACCCAUAGCAGAAUUUGCCCUCAACAAUCUGAAACAAACAUCAACAGGCAAAUCACCUUUUCAAAUAUGCUAUGGGAUGAACCCACAAUUUACUAUUGGACAAAAAUUAGAUGAAACAGUUCCCAAUGCAGACAAACAUGCAGAAUUUCUGGAAAAAGGCUACGACAAAGUCAAAGCAGCAUUAUCCUUAGCACAAGAAAAAUGA